UUGCUCACAUUAUACUCGCGCCAUGAUAACGGCGACCUUUUAUUGUAAAAUUUAAAAAAUGCCAUUGUUCCAACUCUUUUUAAUCGAAUAUAAUAUAAACAUUUUUAUAACCAAUAUGAAAAAAAUAAUUCAACAUAAAUAAGUUCUCUUGCAAAUAACAACAGUAUGUUAUUAUGAAUUUGUUAUAGUUUUAUUAGAGAAGAAAGGCAGAAGUAAAAUUUUUAGCAUAUUUUUUUAUAAUGACUUCAUUUGAAUGCAGAGGAGUAUUAGUUGACUUUCCUUAUGAACCAUAUGAGGUACAAAAGAAAUUUAUAGAAAAAGUUCUCGAGUGUCUACAAAAUAGUAGCAAUGGAGUUUUAGAGUCACCAACUGGAACUGGCAAAACUUUGUCACUAUUGUGUUCAUCAUUAGGUUGGCUAAUGGCUAAAAAAGCUGCAAUACAAGCUAAUAGAAUGGGUAUUUCGGAGAGUAAUUUAUCAAUGCUAAUAAAUUCAGCAGCAGGUGUUGAAAAGAAUCCAAAUAGUGCAUGGAAUGGAGUCAUGCGACCACCUCGUAUUAUAUAUGGGUCACGUACACAUACUCAACUUAACCAAGUCAUGAAAGAGUUACGUAGAACUAACUAUAAACAUAUGAAAAUUGGUAUAAUUGGGUCCCGAGACCAAUUAUGUAUUCAUCCAGAAGUUGUAAAAGAAACCAACUCAUCUAUAAAAAUAGCAAUGUGUCGUUCAAAAGUUAGUGCACGAACUUGCCAUUUUUAUAAUAAUGUUGAACUUAAAUCUAAAGAGGCAUUUAUAGAAAAUGGUAUUGCUGAUAUUGAAGAUUUAAUAAAUAAAGGAAAAAAAUUUAACUGUUGUCCUUAUUAUGGAUCAAGAGAACUACAGAAAGAUGUAGACAUUCUUUUCACACCAUAUAAUUACAUAGUUGAUCCUAAAACAAGAAAAGCUCAAGAUAUUCAGCUAAGUGAGGAUGUAAUUAUUCUUGAUGAAGGUCAUAAUGUAGAAAAAAUGUGUGAAGAAUCACUUUCAGUAGAAAUAACCAGUACUGAUAUAGCUCUUUGCAUCAAUACAGUAACAGAUAUAAUGAAACAAUUAUAUAAUGAGAAAACCACCGAAUUUACUGAAGAACCAGUGCAAAUACGACCGAGAGAAUUUUCUGAUGAUGAUAUAUGUACUUUAAAAGCUCUGUUUUUAGAAAUUGAACAAGCUAUUAAUAAUAUAGAAUUAUGUAGCAGUACAAAUGACAAAAAAAUGGAGGGAUCAUAUAUAUUUAAACUUCUUCAAAAUGCAAAUAUAACACCAGACAAGAUGACAACAUUUAUAACUUUUUUGAAUGCAGUUAUUGUUUAUCUUUCAUCUUCAAAUGUCAAUUCCCCUCAGCAAGCUAAAGAAGCGUGCCUGUAUAAAUUUCAAAAUUUUUUAGAAUGUGUUUUACAAAGCAUGGGACCUAAUAAAGAUCCUAAAAACACAGAUAAAUAUUUUAGGACGUAUAUUCAAUUGGAGCAAAAUAAAUUUAAAUCCAAGAAUGAUACUAACAAGUUUAAAGAAUUAAAAAAAGGAAAAUCAAUUAAUUUUUGGUGUUUUAGUCCUGGAUUCGGUAUGAGAGAUUUAUUGGCUCGUAAUGUUCAUUGUAUAAUCCUCACUAGCGGAACAUUAUCUCCCCUUGCUGCAACUAUUACAGAAAUUGGAAUUCCUGUUAAUGUUCAGCUACAAAAUUCACAUGUUAUCAAAAAAAAUCAAAUAUGUGUAUCAGUUGUCAAAAAAGGGCCAAACAACAAACCCCUUAUAUGUAACUACAGUAGUAGGAAUAAUAAUGAAUUUCUGAUGGGUUUAGGUCAAACAUUAGUGAAUUUUUCUCGAAUAAUUCCAGGUGGUACCCUAAUUUUUUUCCCAUCAUAUCCUUUUUUAGAACAAUGUGUUAAUUAUUGGCAAGGAUGCAAUAUUUGGGGAUCAAUAUCAAAAUUAAAGCCUAUAUUUGUCGAACCAAAAAAUAGAGAUGUUUUGAAAAAUGUAAUUGAAGAAUACUAUAGAGCAAUUGAUGAAAAUAAAGGAGCAAUAUUUUUAGCCGUUUAUAGAGGGAAAGUAUCAGAAGGCCUAGAUUUUUCUGAUUGGAAAGCUAGAGCUGUAAUUAUUUUAGGUUUACCUUAUCCCCCAUAUCAAGAUCCAAGAGUUGUAAUGAAACGAGAGUACUUGGAUGAAAUGAGAAAAGAAAAUCCAAAAUGCUUAUCUGGUCAAGAAUGGUACAAACUUGAGGCCAUAAAAGCUGUAAAUCAAGCCAUGGGUCGAGUAAUAAGACACAUUAGAGAUUGGGGAUCAAUUAUUUUCUGUGAUGAAAGGUAUGCUAGUCAAAACAUUAAAUCACAGCUUUCUGCUUGGGUACAACCUCAUAUCAAAAUCCAUGAACAAUUUUCUUCAGCAUACAAAGAUAAUGUACAAUUCUUCAAAAAUACUGGGAUGACUAUGCCUUCUUCAAUUAUAUUUUCAAAAGCAUCCUUUGAUGAACCAGCUCAGGCAACUGUUGUUAGGUCAAUAGAGUCUGUAAAACGUAAAGAAAUGGAAAAUGAUACUUUAAAACUUUAUGAAAGUUACCGUGCGAAAGAUAUAACAAUAAAACAUACCGAAACUAAUAGAAAAAGUCUUCUAGAAUCUGUUGACAACUAUGUUGAAAAAAAAGUUAUAAAUACAGUAUUAGAAAGUCAAUGUUCAAAGACUGAAUUUAAUAUUGACAUAAUGCCAUCUACCAAAAAACGAAAAUUAAAAAUAAUUCCUAAUAAAAUUGAAAAGGAGAAAAAAGAAGAUGCAAAAGUUAAAACUAUGAACCUCAUGACUAAAGUACGUUCCAUUAUAAAUGAUGCCAGUGUUUACUCAAAAUUUGUAAAUAUUGUUAAAAACUACUUAAUGGAAAAAAACUGUCAUAAAUUUAUACAAAAUUUGGAUGAUCUAUUCCCGAUGAAAAAUCCUGAAAUUAUUGGUAUUUUAAUAGACUUGAAAGAUUUUUUUGGAAAAGACGUUGACAGUAAUUUUUGUAGAUACUGUGCAGAACUACAAAAACAGCAAAAGUGAACAAUCAAAUUAUACAUAUAAUUUUAUUAUAUUUUGCUAUGUUAAUUUUACAUUUUUAUUACUUAUUAUACAUUUGUAUGUUAUAAUGUGUUAAUGAUAUUUUAUAUAUUAAACAUAGUUGCUAUAAAUUUUUAAUAAUGAUAUAAUAAUAAUAAUUAAACAUUUGUAAUAAAAUA